GGAUGUGAACCUUGAGGUGCCCGGGGUGGGGUUUGCUUGCUUAGUCCCGAUCGUCGUCACACCAAACUGCCCGGGAUGGGACAACAGGUAGGCCGCGUCGGUGAGGGCACAUCAGCCGGACUCCAGCCGCCGCAGCCCCACGCGUCACAGCCCCACCAAGGGAAGGGGAACCGGGGAAGCAGCGCCGGGAGGAGACCCCGGGAAGCCAGCGCCACCGGGACACCGCCGGGAAGGGCAGCUGCCGUUAACGUGCCUGACCCGGGGAUCAAUAUAUUCACGCAGCACUCAGAAGCUCUCCACCGGCCAUUUGGCUUGGACUCGGCGGCGCUUACUGAGGCGGUGCGUUGGAGCUCCAAGGAAAAUCUUCUGGGGGCGGCCGAGAGCGACCCCAACCUCUUUGUUGCACUUUAUGAUUUCGUAGCCAGUGGAGACAACACACUCAGCAUCACCAAAGGGGAGAAGCUGCGCGUGUUGGGCUACAACCAGAAUGGCGAGUGGAGUGAAGUGCGCUCUAAGAAUGGCCAGGGCUGGGUGCCCUCCAACUACAUCACCCCCGUCAACAGCCUGGAGAAGCACAGCUGGUAUCAUGGGCCCGUGUCCCGCAGCGCCGCAGAGUAUCUGCUCUCUUCUCUCAUCAACGGCAGCUUCCUGGUGCGGGAGAGCGAGAGCAGCCCCGGGCAGCUUUCCAUCUCUCUCCGCUACGAAGGGAGGGUCUACCACUACCGUAUCAACACAGCUUCUGACGGAAAGGUGUAUGUGACGGCUGAGAGCCGCUUUGCCACACUGGCGGAGCUGGUCCACCAUCACUCUACUGUGGCUGAUGGCCUGGUGACCACUCUGCACUACCCAGCACCCAAAUGCAACAAGCCCACCGUCUAUGGCGUGUCUCCCAUCCACGACAAGUGGGAGAUGGAGCGCACUGACAUCACCAUGAAGCACAAGCUAGGAGGAGGCCAGUAUGGGGAGGUGUAUGUUGGAGUGUGGAAAAAGUACAACCUCACCGUGGCUGUCAAAACACUCAAGGAGGACACCAUGGAGGUGGAAGAGUUCCUGAAAGAGGCUGCAGUAAUGAAAGAGGUCAAACAUCCUAACCUAGUUCAGCUGCUAGGUGUGUGUACGCUGGAGCCUCCAUUCUACAUUGUGACUGAGUACAUGCCCCAUGGCAACCUGCUAGACUACUUGAGAGAGUGCGACAGGGAGGCGGUGAAUGCUGUGGUGCUGCUCUACAUGGCCACGCAGAUCUCCUCUGCCAUGGAAUACCUGGAGAAGAAGAACUUCAUACACAGGGACCUGGCAGCAAGGAACUGCCUUGUCGGGGAAAACCAUGUUGUCAAGGUAGCAGACUUUGGUCUGAGCAGGCUGAUGACUGGAGACACCUACACAGCCCAUGCUGGAGCCAAGUUCCCCAUCAAAUGGACUGCACCGGAGAGCCUGGCAUACAACACCUUUUCCAUCAAGUCUGAUGUCUGGGCAUUUGGAGUAUUACUGUGGGAGAUUGCUACCUAUGGCAUGUCGCCAUACCCGGGGAUUGACCUGUCUCAGGUGUAUGACCUCUUGGAGAAAGGCUAUCGCAUGGAGCAGCCCGAGGGAUGCCCACCCAAGGUUUAUGAACUCAUGAGGGCAUGCUGGCAGUGGAGCCCACUGGACCGACCCUCGUUUGCUGAAAUACACCAAGCCUUCGAAACCAUGUUCCAUGAUUCCAGCAUCUCUGAAGAGGUAGCAGAAGAGCUAUGCAAGACUGCCUCCUCUGGACACGGCGGACCAGUGCACUCCUUCGGCCAUGACAUGCCCCUUCUGCCCUCCAAAUGCCGCACACUCCGCAAGCACACAGAAAACAAGGAGAACAUCGAGGGGGGACUGGAUGGACGAGCGGACCAUGGGACGCAUAGUCACUCAGGUCUGGCUUCUACGCUGCUGGGAGGGGAUGGUCGCUCAGGGAGCUCCCCAGCUCUGCCCCGAAAACAGCAGCCACGGGAAAAGUCUCCCAGCAGCCUUUUGGAGGACGUCCAGGACACGGGCACAUUCACAAGAGACCGAAAGACUGGCUUCUUCAGCUCAUUCAUGAAGAAGAAAUCUUCCUCAACGUCUUCCUCGCCAUCCUCCCAACUCCAGCAGAACCUCCCCACACCCCCCAAGAGGAGCAGCUCCUUCCGAGAGAUGGAGACACAGCCUCACAAGAAGUACGAGCCCACCGCUGCUUUCAGUGCUCCUCCUCCCUUACCCCAGACAGAUGGUCUUGGGGGCUUCUCCGCUUCUCCCUCCCAUUCCCACGGAGAGCCCUCUCAUGCACAGUCCCGCUGCUGCGGGGCCACCUUUGGACAGAAACCCUCUGGCGGGGGCCCCAGCUCCCAGGUAGGAAGCACCAGCAGUUGGGGUGGGCUUGCUGGCUUCUUCACCCCAAGACUUAUUAAAAAGACCCUGGGGCUACGAACGGGCAAGUCCACCUGUUCGGAGGAGGGUGGAGGUAAGCCUUUUCCCAGGUCCAAUUCUACCUCCUCAAUGUCAGCGGGGCUGCCUGACCUCGAGCGCAUGGCUCUGACUUUACCCAGGAACCGCAGUGCCAAGCCCCCCCUGGAGAGGACUGCCUCCACCACCUCCCAGCCAGAGAAUGGGGCAGCGCGGCCCUCAGAGACACUACUGAGGAGGAUGGAUGAGGGCACCGCACAGAUCAGGGAGAGGCCCAAAGCUAAGCUGCUACCCCGCACCACAGCUGGAGGGGUGAGAGCACCAGGGGUAGGGGGUGAGGUGGGGGAGUCGGACAGUCUUUCCCGGGUAAGGGAAGGUAGAGAGGAGAGCCAAGAAAGGCAGCCGGGGUGGCCCUCUCCCUCUAAGACUUCCAGUUUUGGGGCAGCGUCAACUGCGGCGGGUGCCCCACCUCACAACCACAAGGUCCCAGUCCUGAUCUCCCCCACGCUGAAGCACAGUCCAGCUGACGUGCACCUGGUUGGGGUGGACUCUCAGGGGAACCGCUUCAAACUGCUGUCGGAGCACCAGGCGGACCGAGACCGGCCACGGCUGGUCAAGCCCAAAUGCGCCCCCCCUCCCCCUCCCACCCUCCGUGGGCUACAGCACUCCUCCAGCGGCGACGGAGAGGAACAGGUAGGAGGGGCGCCAGCGGAAGUAAACGGCGACACUUUAAAAGGUCAUAGGUCGGGACGAAUGUCAGGAGGAGUGGUGACGGGUCGACCGUCGGUGCCACCACCGCAAGUGCCUCCUGUGCCCUCAUCAUCCUUCAUCUCUUCCUCCUCCGCUGCCACCAUCAACACUAGCACCACAACUCCUACCAAAAUGGCCAACGGUGCCGCCACAUCUGCCUCCUCCUCCUCCUCCUCCUCCUCCUCCUUACACACAGCGCCCUCAGCAGGUUCCAAGGUGGCACUGCGGCGGACCAGGCAGCAACCAGAGAGAGUCCCCCUGGAGCGGGUGAGCCGGGAGGCCCUGCUGGAGUGCGCUGAGGGCCUGAGCAGCGCCCUACUCGCCAGCUCCGAAAGCCCCUCCAUCAGCCAAGUGCUGGACGCCGGCCACCAGCUGCUAGACUACUGCUCAGGCUACGUGGACUGCAUCCCUCAGAUGAGGAACAAGUUUGCCUUCCGGGAGGCAGUGGGGAAGCUGGAGUUCAGCCUGCAGGAACUGAGAGCCUCCUCGUCCGGAGGAGGAGGGUUGAGCAGUCUGGGGUCCAGCCCCGCCUUGGACAACCUGCACAGUUGUAUUAAGGAGAUUAGUGAUGUGGUGCAGAGGUAGCCACUGAGGCCGGAUCAGCCCACAACCCCCAGACAGACUGCUUGUAAAGCCCCAUGCCCCCACCACCACCGCCCCCCAUGUGUUCCUGGUCCUAAUGACAGCUUGUUGGGGGACAAAAUGAGAGGAAUCUCUCCAGUACCUCAGAGGAAUCACUACAAAUCGUUUAUCUUUUUAUUGUUUACAGAGAUCUGUUUGAUACAAUGCCAGUUUGGACACCAAUGUUGCUCUGACCUGUACAUAUAAGAGGUGUUUAUACCAAACAAAAUGUGGUUUGAGUCACGCUGAGAAAUGUUUAAGUCCCCCUGUGUCUCUGUGAUAAGGGCCUUUUUUUUGUUUUUGUUUUUUUUGUUAAAUGAA